AUUAGUCCAUGCAGUUGAAUUAAUCGUCAGUCCCGGAAUUUAAAAGAAAAGAUGAAGUGUGUGACGUUAAUGUUAGUCAGCCUACUGGUCGGAAUAGAAUGUCGCCUUCUCGUCCCAUCCUCGAUGGACGAUGCAAACAGGUACUGGAAUCCGAAAAUCUUACUGGGAGUGAAGGACAUUUUCUCGAGUUUGACGGAAUCCAGCGAUUCUUUUAUCCCGAUAAGUCUGGCCGACCCUGAAGUAACCGUUUCUGAUAAGAAAUCACAGGACGAGCUGAAAUCUUUUAUUCUGUCUCAAGGCAGAAAAUUGGAGAAACUUUUGUUGGAAUUUCUCGACAAGACUGACAGCCCAAGAGACUAUGUACGUGCGAGUCAGUGGGUGAAUCAACUUUGGGUGAUCUUGAAAGAACUGUCCAACACUAUCAGGAUUAAAUCAAAGCGACCUGAUUUGAGGAUCAAUGAAGUCGCCGACAUGCACGACAAGUCGGAAACCAUGAACUCUUUGGACGAUCUUCUGGAUUCUGUUGACAAACGCGAUAUCUACUAUCAGGACAACCAAGAUGAGAAGCAUGUAAAAUCGAGAUCCGAUGACUCUUCGGCAUCUACGAUUUUAUCUCACGGGAAGCAUGGCGACGAAGAAGACGCAAAAGCCACGAAAAAUGGCGCCGAACAUCUCGACGAAAUGCUGGUGGAAGUGCAAAAUCAACUCGGCCUCAUACGGAAAUAUUAUGGAAAACUUUGCAGAAGACAUCACGCCUUGCUAGCAUCUUCCAGCCUAUCUUCACGCAGCCAGGACUCCUCUUCCGUGAACCAACCGAAAAAAAUAUCCAUUUUGUAAUAUCCUUUUAAUAUCUCUCGAACGUAAAUCAUCGCGUAAACUUAUUCAACUAAUUACAUAAACGAAAAGAACGCGAAUAAGAAUUAGCAUUUAUACCACCGUGAAAAUAGG